GGCGAGGGGGCAGGGGCAGCGAUCCUCUCUCGGAAGCGCAGUUUUGGCCUCGGAGCUCUCCGGCGCCACGGGCUUUCCAAUGGGCUGUUAGAAGCGGCCGCCGCAGCCCGGGGCCGGCCAGGAGGGGGACGCUCUGCGCGGCAGCUCUGGACCCCGGCGCCCUCGCCGCCCAGCAGGUCACAGCUUUCGUCUGCGUGAACACAGAUGGCUUUGUUACGAAAAAUUAAUCAGGUGUUGCUGUUCCUUCUGAUUGUGACCCUCUGUGGGAUUCUGUAUAAGAAAGUUCAUAAGGGGACUGUGCUCAGGAACGAAACAGAUGAUGACUCGGAGCCUCCUGAGGAAAUGGAGGAUGAGAUUCCUGUGGUGAUUUGUGCUGCUGCAGGGAGAAUGGGCGCCGCCAUGGCUGCCAUCAAUAGCAUCUACAGCAACACUGACGCCAACAUUCUGUUCUAUGUUGUCGGACUCCGGAACACUCUGUCUCGAAUCCGAAAGUGGAUUGAACAUUCUAAACUAAGAGAAAUAAAUUUUAAAAUCGUGGAAUUCAACCCGACAGUCCUCAAAGGGAAGAUCAGACCAGACUCUUCAAGGCCAGAAUUGCUCCAGCCUCUGAACUUUGUUCGCUUUUAUCUCCCUCUGCUUAUCCAUCAACAUGAGAAAGUCAUCUAUUUGGACGAUGACGUAAUUGUGCAAGGUGAUAUCCAGGAGCUCUAUGACACCACUUUGGCGCUGGGCCACGCGGCGGCUUUUUCGGAUGACUGUGAUCUGCCCUCGGCUCAGGACAUGAACAGAUUCGUGGGGCUGCAGAACACCUACAUGGGCUACCUGGACUACAGGAAGAAGACCAUAAAAGACCUCGGCAUAAGCCCGAGCACUUGCUCUUUCAACCCCGGCGUGAUCGUUGCGAACAUGACGGAGUGGAAGCACCAGCGUAUCACCAAACAACUGGAGAAAUGGAUGCAAAAAAAUGUGGAGGAAAAUCUGUAUAGCAGCUCGCUGGGAGGUGGGGUGGCCACCUCCCCGAUGCUGAUCGUGUUUCACGGGAAAUACUCCACAAUCAACCCUCUGUGGCACAUAAGGCACCUGGGCUGGAAUCCAGAUACGAGAUAUUCGGAGCAUUUUCUGCAGGAAGCAAAACUACUCCACUGGAAUGGAAGACAUAAACCCUGGGACUUCCCUAGUGUUCACAACGACUUAUGGGAAAGCUGGUUUGUUCCUGACCCCGCAGGGAUAUUUAAACUCCAUCACCACAGCAGCUGAUGUAACAUUUUAUAUAUUUCCUGUAUAAAAAUGUGGAAUUGUCCAUUCAUAAGCCCUACUAUAUCAUUGUUCUUUAUAAACAGUACUUUUGGUGUAAAUGAUCCACAAUGAAAAGCACAAAGACUACUUGGGCAAAGAAUAUCCUGGAUUAUGUAGGUACUGAUUCCUUAAGUAUAAGUGGUGACUAUGGAAAUCAAGAUGAUGUGAGCAAGAGAUGUUGUUGGAAGGAAAUAAACCCGUCUAGGUUUCGACAAUCUAUCAAUGACAACCUAUAUCCACAAGUUUUUAAAAUUUCUCAAUGUGUUUUUCACAUGUAGGUAUUUUUUUUUAACAGGUUGCCAGUCUUGUCUUUUGUAAAACAACAAACUACAUUUAAAAGAUGAAUGUAUGUAAAAAUAAAAUACUGGCAGAUU